GUUGCCAUGGAGAUGACGGGAGGAUUUGAUGCAGAGAGUCAGUGCGCAUUCGGCUGCACUACGAUAUUUUCCCCGAGAGUUUCCCGGACAACCUGCUGACACCACAAUGCAUUUCGCCCCUCCUGUUAGCAAAGACAGGAUCAUAUCUAAAUUUCCCAAGUGUUAUAAUCCUCAAGCUUGCAUACAGAUGAAAGACGACUGGAAUAUGAAAGCCAAGGUGGCUUGCCAAGACAGGGCUGCUCGCUUACAAGGAUAUGACAGGCUCAAGAUGUCAAAAGCAGUGGUGGUUGGAGAUCUCAAUGUGGGAAAAACAUGCUUAAUAAACAGGUUCUGUAAAGACGUGUUUGAGAGAGAUUACAAAGCUACUAUUGGUGUUGACUUUGAGAUUGAACGAUUUGAGAUGUCUGGGCUUCCAUACUCUCUUCAAAUAUGGGACACUGCUGGUCAGGAAAAAUUCAAAUGCAUUGCGUCAGCGUAUUACAGAGGUGCCCAAGUAAUUAUAACUGUCUUUGACAUGGCUGAUAUCAAGACCUUGGAACACACACAACAGUGGUUAUCGGAGGCUCUAAAGGAAAAUGAACCAAACUCUUGUUUUGUUUUCUUGGUGGGCACAAAAAGAGAUCUCCUGGCUGUAGAGGAGUGCCAAAGGACAGAGAGAGAUGCCAUAAAGAUUGCUGCCGAGAUGAACGCUGAGUUCUGGUCAGUGUCUUCAAAGACAGGAGAGAACAUCUCUGAGUUUUUCUUUCGUGUAGCAGCUUUGGCCUUCGAAGAUGCCAUUCUGAAUGACCUGGAGACAGGAAACAGCACCGCUCAGAUCGGAGAUGGAAAUAUUUUGAAUGAUAAAGCAUUGGAGAAAUCCGCCGAAAAGCCAAUGAAGAACUCCUGCUGUUAAUUAAUUUGGCCUUUAAAUAACUGGAUGAGAAAAAAUAAAUAGCAUAGUUAUAAAGGGAUGUGUUAUUCCUGACAUAACCAACCUAUGGAAUGCAAGCAACAAAUUAUGGUUUAUACUGUAGUAUUAAAGUCAGUAUUUUGUACUGUUGCAAAAAUCACUGCCGUUGAUAAUGAUAUUUAGUGCUAAACUUCUGUAUUUUGUUUGGCAUAUGAAAUAAAUAAUAAUUCAGCAUUGUUUAUGAAAUUCUAAUUCAGUAUUUGUCUUCACCCCAGUUUAAGAAAUGUACAUUGAUACAGUGAUAGAAUCAAAAGAUGCAUUUCGCAUGAAAACAGAAAUGUCUUGAAAUUGAAGUGAUUUUUCAAAAACAGAUGACUACAUUGUAUGUUUAUUAUUUGCAGAUUUUUCUAUAAAUAAAGACU